CUCCCGGCAUCGACAAAGAGGCCAUUGAGCCCCCCGACGCCCGGCCUCGACCGCCAAAUCGAGCAGAACGCUGCAUCGGCGCCAUCAUGGCGGGAUCCUCGGGCUCUAUCCAUGGCCUUACAGGCAAGGCCUUGCUGUAUUUUACAAGUAUAUUCGUCUCACUCGGCGUUUUCCUUUUCGGAUAUGAUCAGGGUGUCAUGUCGGGCAUUAUCACCGGCCCGUAUUUCAUCGACUACUUUAACCACCCGUCCAAGGCCGAGGUCGGGACAAUGGUUGCUAUUCUCGAAAUAGGAGCCUUCAUCUCGUCCCUUGUUGUUGGCCGUGUUGGUGACAUCAUCGGCCGGCGACGAACCAUCUUGUAUGGUUCCUGCAUCUUCUUCGUCGGAGGAGCGUUGCAGACGCUCGCCACGUCCAUGUCGAUGAUGAUGGUUGGGCGAAUAGUCGCUGGUCUCGGCGUCGGCAUGCUUUCUACCAUUGUCCCUGUCUACCAGUCCGAGAUUUCCCCCCCUCACAACCGCGGCAAACUUGCUUGUAUCGAGUUUUCUGGCAAUAUCAUCGGAUACACGACUUCCGUAUGGGUCGACUACGGCUGCGGGUUCAUCGAGAGCAACUUGUCAUGGCGCAUUCCUCUCAUGAUGCAAUGUAUCAUGGGAGCACUUUUGGGGUUGGGAAGCUUGAUCAUUGUGGAAUCACCCAGAUGGCUCCUGGACAAUGACCAUGAUGAAGAAGGCAUGGUUGUCAUUGCUAACCUUUAUGGCGGCGGCGAUAUUCAUAAUGCCAAGGCGCGCGACGAGUAUCGCGAGAUCAAAAUGGAUGUCCUUCUUCAGCGUCAAGAAGGUGAGAGAUCGUAUACUGACAUGUUUCGCCGAUAUCGCACUCGAGUUUUCAUCGCAAUGUCUGCGCAGGGUCUUGCGCAGCUCAACGGAAUCAACGUCAUUUCAUACUACGCUCCAUACGUCUUUGAAUCUGCUGGUUGGGUUGGCCACGAUGCCGUUCUCAUGACUGGUUUCAACGGCAUCACUUACUUCCUUUCUACCAUUCCGCCCUGGUAUCUUGUGGAUCGAUGGGGUCGACGAAUGAUUCUUCUCACUGGCGCCGUCUUCAUGGCCAUCUCACUGUCUCUCAUCUCGUACUUCCUCUAUCUUGACAUCAAAUGGACCCCUAGGCUGGUCGUUCUGUUUGUCAUGAUAUACAAUGCUGCCUUUGGCUACUCAUGGGGACCUAUCCCCUGGCUCUACCCCCCCGAAAUCCUGCCUCUUAGCAUUCGCUCCAAGGGUGCCAGCUUGUCGACUGCAACGAACUGGGCCUUCAACUGGCUCGUUGGAGAAAUGACACCGAUUCUGCAAGAGUGGAUUAAAUGGCGCUUGUAUCUCGUCCAUGCCUUCUUUUGUGUUGCUAGUUUUAUAAUUGUCUACUUUGUCUACCCAGAGACUUGUGGUGUCCGUCUCGAAGAGAUGGACUCGCUAUUCGGGGACGCCAGCACUGUGGCUACCCCGUCUAUUCGUGCAGAAACCGGGUCACUCAUCCGAGGAGGAUCGCCUAUUGGAUCCAGCCGUACGCCAUUUCGCUCAACUACACCCAUCCCAGGGCUCACCCUUGACCCUCCCGAUGGCAAUGAUAGCAAACCCAACCAGAGUGGUGGUGGCGACGACCGAAGCAUUAGUGGAUGGUUAUCAAGGGUCGUUAAUCGCGGCCGUUCAGGCAGUUCGAGUAGCGGCCAAGGGCGGUAUGCUCCAAUCGGCCAAGAAGACGAGGGUCGCAAUGACAACUAACGUGGGGUCGCCGUUCUCAUUUCUCUUGGAGUACCUCUAUAGAUCUUUUCUUUUUAUUUGAAUUUUCUUUCUUGGGCACAUAGAUAGCGGAGCGAAGCAUGUAUGCCAUGCUUGGCGUUCUAUUAGGUAUAGAACUCGAGCCUAGACUCCUUGCCAACAUAAGACGACUGGUUUUGGUAUAUAAGACGGACAUUAGCUGCAUAGACUGCACCUAUGCUGAGGAAGAGAAGAAUAAGCGUAACAGUUUGCAAGAUAAAGGGCAGUAUCGGCCUUUGGGAAUCCCCUACGCCGAUUCGAAGAGGUUUUGAGCGCUGGUUUAGGCAAGACGUGGUUUCAACGAGCCUCUGUUCUGAAACUACACUGUAAUUGGAACACAAAAAACUUAUCUGUAUUAAUGAUGGAUAGUUGGUAAUAGCGAUGUUGUGGGCAUUAUCCAAGCGACUGCUUC